UUGAGAUCCUUUGUCGCCCCAUUCGUCCCCUGCGUGAGCCUCACCUAAACUUUACAGGUAUUACUUGCACAUCUGGGCGUAUCCAUUCCCGAUUGACAUGGCUGACAGAAAUGGAGUUUACGUCUUCCAAGGCUCUAGAAUUUCCCUAUUACGCCCAAGCCUUUUUUCAUCCCAUGUCGCCUGUGACUCAAUGUAUAUACGGCACCGUGGACGGGACGUAUACUCGGGUCAAGGACUGUGGCAAGAGAACUUGUUCAAAUUCGGACAAUUGGGAUCCCGAGGCUAAAAGCACACAGUCGCCGCCGAAGAAAUGAGAAUAUGUUGGACCACUGGCAAGUAGGGCUUGCUUCUCGCAGGUCGUCCUUCGGUUACUAUUGAAGUCGACCUGCCCUGCCAGCGCAGGGCAUCGUUCAAUGUCUCUGUAUAUAUGGGUGCGUGCAUUUGCUCUGUCGCUAUAGACAGUAUCGAACAGACCUAACGUCUGUGUAGGUAUAGAGGAGGGGCAAGCCUCUCAUGACGAACACACUCCACCUAGCUGUAUUCCUCCCGCAUUAUUAUACCUGUUUGUCAAUAUGGCACCACUUUGACCUCAUGGUACAACAAAGCCAUCCCCACAAGUCGAUAGCAGGUUCCGUCUAGGGUCAGGGGGACGUCUAAGGUCACCAGAAUUGAGUUGCGGAGUGCCGAGGCGGAGUGUUUAUGUCCGUGCUGAAAUAAGGACAUCAGAGUCCCCAAUUCUCCACGUGCAGGCACCCCGAUUGUGCAGAUAUCCAGCGGUAUGAAUGUGUUGGGUUGUGGGGG